UUAUUUCUCCGUCUAUGCUGUAUUUUUAAAUUUUCCAGUGGGGCGGCCGGUUUAGAAAAAUUUAAGAAAGUAGAAAAAAUCGCGAAAUCUUUUAGACCCUGACCUAGUUGUCGAAUCUGGCAAAAUUAACUAAACGGUGUAAUGUUUCAAGAAUAAUAAUUAUGCUGAAAAAGUACUUGGGGCUAAAUAAAGCGGCUCCGAAGGUGAAGAGGAAUACGAAGAUCCUUGUAAAAAUAACAACACGCCUACUUAAAUAAAAUAUUGCAGGGGAAUCAUCGAUCCGCGAUCGUUCCGAGGUUAUAGACACGCAUAGCGCGGGCUUGCCAGUGACGUAUCCUCUACCUUUACACGCUUUGUGACGUAAGCAUCACGGUCGUGGUCGCGGAUAUCAGCUUGUGUGCACGUGAACAGCACGCUGCUGAUCACGCACUGACCGACUGACUGCCGCUUUCUUAUUGGCGGAAAGCGACGAGCCUCCACACAGUAUUGGACGAUUCGUUUAAAGUGCUUCACACACCCCAUGCUGAAACAAUAACACGAAACGCGCCUCUUCUCGUACAAAUCAUUUCUUUACAAACUUACUAGAGAAGCAGUCGUUUUUAAAUUUGAGUGACAAUUAGUAUCUUCGAAGCCAUGAUGAUUAAUGAAGAUAGCACAAUUCAUUUACUAUCACCACCCUCAACACCACCCUUAAUGCACAAUGGUGAACAGGCCAUAACAACAAAACUAGAAGCUGUUCAGAGCCUCCUACGAAAAAGAGCAGCAUUGUCUUCAAUUCCUGGGACCCUAACACCACAACCUUCCGAUUCGGAAAGUGAAGAAUUUGAGUAUCCUCUUAAAAAACGUAUAUGCAGAAGAGAUGCUGCGGUAAAUUUCAUACUGUCUACAACACCUCCACCAGAACACCCACGCACAGUUUCCGUGAUUAUGAAGGCCAACAAGGAUGGAUCGUGUACACCUGCUCCCUUACCCACCCCCGACGUGGAAGAAUACAACAUCCUCAAAAGUCUGAAGUUUAAAAUGGGCAACCGAAGAGAAGAAAUUUUACAAACGACAAAAAACACCUACAGAGAACCACCCAGUCCACCAAGUGCUCCAGCACCAACUCCACCUCAAGUUUCGAUGUUGCCUCCGUUAGCGCCGAAAGUUCUAAAUUCGAAUCAGGCACCGCGCGCUCUUUUCCUGUCGGCGCACGGAAACGCAACUUUAAUACCCGCACAGUUUGUACUGGUCGCGCCAUCUAUCGCCGCCGCGCCCCUGCAACAAGAAAGAAGGCGCGUCUACGAGUGCACCUAUGAAGGAUGUGGCAAAAACUAUUUUAAAUCCUCACAUUUAAAAGCGCACACGAGGACACAUACGGGCGAACGACCUUUUGUAUGUCACUGGGAAAAUUGUGGUAGACGAUUUUCGCGUUCGGACGAGUUAUCGAGACACAAACGCACACAUACCGGCGAAAAAAAAUUUAAAUGUGAAAUUUGCCAAAGAUGUUUUAUGCGGUCCGAUCACUUGGCGAAACACGUCAAAAGACACGCAAAAGAUCGUUCGAUCGUAUCUCCUACAAAAGUAACUAAUUUAUCGGCUGUGUUCCGACCAUUACAACCAGCACCUGUAUAAUAGUUUUUCAUCGCAUCUCUCAGUUCAUUGUGUAUAUAUACAUUCCGAUCAUUUGUAUAACUUGCAUUACUGUCUGUGAUUUUUAUAAUUCGUUAUUUAUUC